ACGCAUUCCGAAAAAUAUAUUCAUUAGGUUAAUAUUUAUAUAUAUUUAUAAAGUCUAAAUUACUAUUUUUAUAUAACACAAUUUUUCCUUUCAUUUACCUAUUACACUCGCAAAAUUUUUAGAACAUAUUAUACACUUUGAAAACUUGGAUGUUUUAUAAAAGUUUUACCUAACCCCUAAGUAUGAUAAGGAAAUAGACGAUCAAAUAAAAAACUCCACCGCUUUAAUAUGCUAAAGAUAUACUUAUUUUUUUAAUAUUUUAUCCACCAUUAUAUCCAAAUUAAAACAAUAAAUUGUUAGUGCAUAUAUAAUUUUUUUUUUUUCAAAAUAAAUUAUUUUGCAUUAUUCCACAGUUAGAAGUGCGAUAUAAUUGAAAAGUACGCAAUAUUUUUUCAAAAUAGUAACCACUUUGAUUAAUUUUAAUUAAUUAUAAUUUUUAUUAAAAAAAAUAUAUUUUUUUUUUUGCAUUAUCACAUUUUUUAUAUUUUAUUACGCAUUUUAAUUACUUUUAGUUUAUACUAAAGUAUAUUUACACUUUAAAAAAAAAUAAUAAAUCACAUACAAAACGAUUUAAUUAGUAUUUCCUCUUAACAACAAAAAAAAUAAUAAUCCAAUCCACACAUAUAUUUAAACAAAAAAUAUAUAACAAUUUCGAACUUUUUUACGCUAAAGAAAAAAAAACAAAAUGAUAUCUCUUACGAAACUCUCUAUAUUUAGCUUUGUACUAUGCUCCUGGCAAUAUCCCAACUAUGUAACUGAACUAGGUACAUCAUGGGGUAAUGGAACUGGCCAAAAUGACACUUUAGGUGUGAGGAUUAGCAGAUCAUUAAGGGGUGAAACUGAUGUAGAAACGCGACAGAAUAACAUUUUACUAAGGGAAAAAAUAAUGGGUUUAUUAGAUGGAGACGACAAAAAAUUAUUUAGCCGAUUAAAUGCUUUGAUAAACGAUGAAACUGGAGGACUAGAAGCUGAUGAUUUAUCAUACCAUAACUUUUUGAAGAAGCGUUUAGGUGUAGCAAAAUAUAAUGAUAGCUCCAGUUCACGAUCUAAAAGCAGCAGUUCCCGCGACAGUUUAAAGAAAAAAAUUAAAGAAAUGAGGGAUCGUGAUAACCUUGAUAAAUCAGAGGAGUCCUUAGACUUGGAUAACUUUGAUGAUGAAGAAGAAGAAGUUGAGACAUCAACGAAUUAUGGUAGUAUGGAUAGCCUUUUUGAAGAACGAGAUGACUUUGAGGAUGAAGAGGAAGAAAGUCCCAGAAUGUCUGAAUCAUCAAGAUAUCGUAGUAAGCACAGAAGAUCCUCCAGUAGAAGAAGAAUGGAUAUAGAUGAUGAAAUUCGCUAUCACAUGGAUAAAAGACGACACGAAAGUAAAUUUCCCGUUAGUCGACGUGGAGGUUUCUUUAAAAACAGCGCGUUGGGCAAAAUGUUUAAAAAAAUAGAUUCCAAGAUUGAAUUAGAAAUGUUACGAUUCAUAAAAAAUAGGGCACAAGAAGAAAGAAUGGGAAUCAAACCCAAAGGAUUUUUCAAUAAAUUUGUAUUUUCUAUGUAUAGAAACAAAGCAUUUUUACCCCUCGUAUUGGCCCUUUCAGUUGCUUAUCCAUUAGUUUUGUAUUACAUUGGCCUGAAUGUCGCUCAAUAUUUUGGUUACAUGGCUUCGUGGACCAUGUACCCCAUGGCAGUUCCAGCAGCCAUAGGAUUUGCCUUUUUGAGCAUGCUCUUGGGAGGCUACUACCUAAAAAAAGGAAUGCAAAUAUCCAACAAAAUUUUGAAAUUCAAAAAUUUCUCAAAAGGCCACAAACAUAAGAGAUCUAAGAAAUCAAGAAGAAUUUAA